AUGGACUACACUCCCGAGCGGGUGAUAGAGCCGCCUGUUUCGGUGGUUCGAGUUGCCACUCCCGAUCGAAUGGCCGCAGCCGAUACGUGGCGACCUCCUUGGCUCAAUGUGGCCGACUUCCAACCAACGAUGGCCGGGUAUCUCAACGAGGACCCAGACGACGGCCAGCCCAUGGUUCUGACCUGGGAUGAUAUGGUGCUGCUCCAUAUGAUCCAGAGUGAGCGACCCGAGCUCGCCACCGUCAUCCUUCCUGGGCCGACAGACUGGCUGAACGGCGACCCCAGUCCGGACGAGCACGAGCACGAGCAUGAACAUGAGCUCGACGACGGAGCCAUCACCGAAAACGAGCUUGUGAUUGUGCAAAACCUGAAUGCCGCUCUUUAUGACAUGGAACAGCUCCAUAUGCAUGCCCGCGGAGGGACCGACUCGGAUGGCUUUGGUGAAGAAGGUAUACCCCACGAAGGAGGCGAUGUCGAAGGCUGGGAAGUCUACGAAGUACUCAACCAACUGGCAGCAGAGGGCCGCCGUCCGUUCGGGGUAUCCUUGAGCGGAUCCGAUAUCAACGGCCGACCGAGGUCGCCCUUGCCCUUGGCCACAGCCAUUCGUCUGCAUCAGCGCACUUUGACCGGAGACACUCACCACACAAACCAUGCCAGCGACGCCGACAGCUUUGAACACAUCCCCGAACUUGUACCCGAUCACUCCGAAACACAUUCCAACUCGAGCCGUCACGGGGAUAUGUAUAUUCAUAGCCUCAGUCCUUCCUGGGUCGAAGAGCACAGCAUUAACGACGACGACUAUGAUUCACGGACCAACGACGAUAUCCUGUCCGAUUUGCUGAGCCGACUCAGGGCCCAGGAUUUGCACCAGCAUAAUGCAAGCCAGCAGCACCCAUAUGAUGAAGAUUCGCUGUAUCUGGACGACCCGAGAGUCCCGAUCAUUGCCGUCACGACAAAUGCCAGCGACUCAGGGACUUUGAAUGACCCAGGCAGUGUUGCUGCCGCUUCCGAAGAAACUGGCGAGGUUCAGUCCUCCGGAGCCGUCGGGCACGGAUCAUCUCGUUCCCGGGGUGGUGAGUCGGUGCACGACAGCGUACCAUCCUCAGCUCAUCACAGCCGAGAGCCCUCGGUCGGUUAUGGCUAUCCAUUUUACUUUGUUGGAAGACAAACUCAAGGCUCAGGCAAUCACAACGAGAAUAUUCGUGGUGAUAGUGACGAUGAUGACGAUGAUGACGAUAACGACUACCCCGACGACAACGACGACAACGACGACUAUGAGGUUUACUACCGAUCCGGGCAUCUCAACACCGAUGAGGACCAAGGCAUCGACCGCAACGAGCUUGAGUUUGAAGAGUGGCUGCUGAAUACCUAUGGAGGCAUCUUUGGUCAUACCAAUGUCGAUGCCAACGGCAACCGAUGUCCACCGCACAUGGCGGUAGUACCACCGCUGGACGAGUUUGGGCUCGACGAAAACGGGGUUCCGAUCGACACCUGCGACGCCGAGACCGCCAAGAUGUUUCUGCGCUGGUGCACCGAUAUCCGGCGGGAACUGAUGCACGACUUUGACGGCGGCACAAAGCCAGCCCCAGACCGAUAG